CGGAAUGCGAUAAAAACAAGCCUUGAGGUCAACGAAACUCCGCCUCUUUCCUUUGUCAAACAGGGCCUAUGUUUUCUUACAACUUUUCCAACAUCAGAGUUUAUUCGGAGCGUAGGCAGCAGACGAGAAGGGGUGGGGAACUGCUCUUACGGACUGAAACCACGGCAGGGAGAGCGGAGAGAGCAGUUGUCGUACCGAAGGAGUGCACGAGACGCGGUACGAUACUUCGAGCGAGCGGUGUGUUUACGUUCUGGUAACGUCUGUUUCGGCGGCGCCGCAUUGACACCAGCAUGUUGCGAGCCAUGUACCUACCGGGCGCGGAGGAUUUGCUCGAGCCUCUGCCUUUGACAAGCUCGCUGAACGAACUGAACCGAAGUCAGCUCAACCGAUCCUACACCAAGCCCGUUCCCGUCCGCUCGGACUUUUCCGUCUGGGGGGACUACCUCGGCCUCGUGGACUUGGUCAAAAACGUUCAGCUUGCUCAGGGCAUCCAGGAGUCAUUCUUGGGGUUGGACAUGUCAGUACGGAGGCCCGCCCCCUCCCUACCUCUCUCCGACCCCCUAGGCAGUGGUAGUACGGGGCUCAGUCCGUCGCUCAGCCCGACGAGCGACGAAGAAGUUGACAGGCUGUUCGCACCCAUCAGCCGAGAGCGUUUCGACAGCCUGGGCAGUUCGGGCUCCUCUUCUUCAGCGAGUAGCGACUUUUACCUCAACGGCAGAGAGAGCGACUUGGAGCUGGGCUUUGCGUCCUUGUUCGGCGAUCUGCGGCUGGACUCUCCGCCCAACAGCCUAGACGGGUACGACUUCAGCAGGCAGCGGCGCCGAGAGCCUCCCAGUGCCUCUCUCAGCUCCCGCGACCGGGACAUCCUCUUCUCGGUGGCUGCACGACGACGGGCCAGUAGGAUGGCAAGCGGUGGUGUGGGCAGCAAAAGUCAGGUGUGUGUGUUCUGUCGUAAUAACGGGGAGUCGGAGACCGUGUACGCGAGCCACAUGUUGAAAGAUUGUACGGGGAAAGUGACUUGCCCUGUCCUUAUGGCCUACACGUGUCCGCUGUGCCAUGCGACGGGAGAGGAGGCGCACACCAUAAAGUACUGCCCGCAGAACACCAACCAGCUACCCAACGUCAAAAGCCUGAAGACCGCGCGCACCUCCACGGGAAAGAAGCGGCCUGUUUAGAGAGCGCCUCGCCUGGAUUGGUGUAAAAUUAUGACUCGGAGCAAAUCUGUGCUGCACUCAUUCUUCAUUCAGGACCUUUGCAUACGCGAAGAAUCGGACUUGCCAUGCAUGCAAACUCCAAGCAUAGGACUUGAUUCUGCCGAACCGUACCCAGGGACUGUAUGUAUAAAUAGCCUUCUCAUUCCGUCAAUUUCAAUGGAUGCAGAAUUGAUAACGAAUUGCGUUUUGUUGUUGUAUCGCUCGCUCUGAUGGAGGGAUGCUUGCUUAGGUAAUCCUUAAUCGUGUCUUGCCUAGACUUGAGACGUUGUCAUCAGUCCAAAUCGUGACAAUUUAAUUGACUGAUAACUGUACCACUGUUGUUUUGAUGUGAGCGGUAUGAAAAAGUGAAGCAUUUUUGCAAAUUCCGUGGUUAAAGUAGCUUUCGUGGUCUAAUGAUACAAACCUACGUGGCUCUAGAGCGGACAGUUGCUGCCUCAACGGUGAAGAAAUAUACGGGCACAUUUAAAUGCAUUCUAGGUUCCAUGACAUGUUGAGAAAAGUUGCGCAUGUAUUCAGUAUUGUGUAAUAAGUUCGGCGGUGAAAAAAUGCCAUUUUACCGCCGAUGUGCGAAUUACUUCCAAAUCUCUUGUCGCUUUCUCGCACCAGAGCAAAAAGCUUCUAUAUUUUUUGGAUAUCAAUGAAACUUUUGUGAAGAUAGGGCAGUGAAUGUUUUGUAUACAAAUAUGAGAAUUGUGUGUGCGUGUGCGAUGAUCAAUUCUUGACAGGCUGUAUCGUUCAGACGUCACUUCCCGGGGCCAAUCUCAGCUAGAUGUAACGAAUAUUCGCAGUCAGAAAUUAGAGAUUUUAUAUAUAAAUUUAUCUCUAAUGAUCAGAGGUGAUUUACGAAGAUGAUGGCUUGAUUAUUAUACCGAUUCUCAUGGAGAUUCAGAUUACGUUCUAGCAAUACAGCGAUAUUGUUGACAAUGCGAAAAAAAUCAAGUUUUAUAUGUAUUUGAAAUUGUUGACAUUUUUGUAACGCAGCUCUUGUAUUGUCAGCCUAGAUUUGGCCUUACAGAGAACCAAAUCGCUCUAUUCACAUUCAAUUCGCGCCAUCAUCCCAUUUUCACCUGUUCAGAUUCACUGCGUUCGUUUUGUUCAGUUGUCACUACCACCUUGAGACCGAGGUGUUUGAUUUUAUUACGUUGUUGCAAAGUUGUAGAUGUAGCGCUCUAAUGUCUAUAUUUAUGUUAAAGGUUUAACUUGUUUACCAGCCAAUGGAGUUGAGCUGAAAAUAUAUUGUUUGCUCAGAUGUUACGUCGUUCAGCUGCGCUGACGGUUUUUGAUAACUAUUCGCCGGUUCUAUAAGAGAGCUAUAUAUUGUAUUUACUGCAGAAAAAGCGGCAACAUAUUUGUUAUGACGUAUCAUUUCCCUUGUUAUUUGUUAUAUUGACAAGUUUUGUAAGAGUUAUUCAUUAUGACAUUGUUCUUAAAGAAGUCACAAAGUCUUCACUGUUAUUUAGUUACGUUCGUUCAGUUCAACCAUAGGAAUAAAUCGAGUUAUGCUCGUUCCAUGGA